AUGGAAGCUUGUCCAGAUUAUGUCGCAUACUCGCAGACGAAACACGAGGGCCCUCUCAAGCUAUCAUAUCAGCGGCCUAUACCAGAAUGCCGGACGUUCUCCUCUCCCUUGGUUGAGAAGGUGAUAAAGGACAUCACCUCACGCAUGGUCGACAAAGAUCUCGCUCGGAUCUUUGAAAAUGCAUUCCCUAACACACUUGACACAACUGUUCGAUGGCAUGUCGAUGGCACAGAGAAGAAAAAGCGAAGUUCGAAGACAAAGCGAGCAGGCGGCGUAUGGGAAGGCCCCCAAUCGUUUAUCGUCACUGGUGAUAUAAACGCUGAGUGGCUUCGGGAUUCAACGAACCAGCUGGCGCAAUACCAGAAAUUGGCGAACGGAGACCCUAAAAUAAAGAACUUGAUACUGGGAGCUAUAAAUACGCAGGCCGAAUUUGUUAUCCAGUCGCCAUACUGCAAUGCCUUCCAACCUCCUCCCCCGAGUAAUCUACCUCCAACAAACAAUGGGCAGAUGGACCAGGUUCACCCUGCAUAUGAGCCAAGCGUCGUUUUUGAGUGCAAAUAUGAGCUUGACUCUAUUGCUAACUUCCUCUCUCUCGGAAACCAAUUCUAUGAGGAGACAAAAUCAAAGGAUUUCUUAACAUCCAGGUGGUACGAAGCUCUAAACACCGUUCUACGAGUAUUGGACGAGCAGAGCCAGUCUACUUUCAAUGAGAACGGGCAAUACCGGCGCAACGAGUAUACCUUCCAGCGACAUACCAAUGCUGGUACGGAGACCUUGAGUUUGAUGGGUGUUGGCAACCCGCUAGGAAACGGUACUGGGCUUGUUCGCAGUGCUUUUCGACCAAGUGAUGAUACCUCCAUCCUAGGAUUCUUCAUACCGGCUAAUGCAAUGAUGUCUGUUGAGCUAAAACGAACAGCGGACACUCUAUCUAAAGUCGGAGGAGAUAAAGACCUGAUUCAAAAACUCAAGCGAUACUCUGAACAGAUCCGGGAGGGUAUCUACAACCAUGCAGUGGUAACACAUAAAGUCUGGGGUCAAGUGUUUGCUUUUGAGGUUGAUGGCUACGGAUCAAACAUUCUCAUGGAUGAUGCCAAUCUCCCUUCAUUGCUAGCCCUGCCGCUGCUUGGGUUUGUCGAUCAAAAUGACGAGAUCUAUAAAAAUACCCGAAAAAUGAUUCUCUCGAAAACUGGCAACCCUUACUACCUUACUGGAUCAGCGUUCCAUGGUAUUGGUGGACCACAUAGUAAGUUAUAUCCUCCAUGUUAUCUUUUCCCAAGUUCACUUCUAACCGUCUUGGUGGCAGUUGGUCUACAGAAUGCCUGGCCGAUGUCCGUACUCGUACGUGCCCGGACUGCAAACUCCGAUGCUGAAGUUAUGGAGUCCAUCAAUAUGGUACGUGAUUCGUGUCUUCUAGGUCUAGUCCACGAGAGUGUGGACGUGAACCGUAUCGCCAAAUACACACGCAGCUGGUUUGCGUGGGCAAACAGCGUCUUCGCGCAAACCAUUCUCGACCUGGCGGAGAAUAAACCACAUUUGAUAUUUGGUAAAGGCGCAAAGCCGUACAUAGUUUCCUCUGACGCCCAUAUUUAG